AUGGUUUAUAAAAUAUUAAAUAAACUAAACAUUGAUAAUAAAAAAACGAACUUUAACAAAAUCAGAACGAUGGAACGCCGCAGGUGUAAAAACUGUGGUUCCAACGACCAUUGGACUUAUCAAUGCAAAGAACCUGUUUCUCUUCCAAGUCGUCCCAGUGCAAUGGAUCGUCUACGUGGGGAAGUUCCUGUCAAAUACACACCAACAGUCCUUUCAGAUAAAGACCUCUACCCCCAUUUAUGGGAGGAAGCCCGAAGACAAGCUGAAGCGGAAGUUUCGACCAUAGUAGCGUUACAAAAAAAGAAACAAGAAGAAUUAGAGAAUGAACGACAAGCUGAGAUACUGAAGAACAAGUGGUUAGAAGGGGAGCGGAAGUUACAAGAAGAAGUUGAAAAAGAAAAAUCGGAACAGCGUCGAUUGAGUUCAUCGCGGAAAGGGUUGAGUGAAGAUUCGGAACACUCCGAACGCGAUGACAAAGUCGAAAAGGUCGAGAAAUGUAUGAAUGAAAAGAGUCGGAGUCGAAGUAAGAGUCGAAAGAGUAUUCGACAAAAGAAAGAAUAUUCAAGAAGUUCAUCAUAUUCAGAACGGUCGGGACACGCUUCGCGAAGUCGUUCAAGAUCACAAAGUCGUGAAAGAAGACGCCGGAAAUACUCGUGUUCUUCAUCGGAGUAUUCUUCAACGUCACCUUCACCUUCAAGAAGGUCUUCACAACAUCACUAUCAUGACAAUUCAUAG